AUGUUCUAUGCUAACGAGAACGCCGGCGAUCUCUAUGAGGCAACUCAUCUCGCUGAAAUCAUUUCUGUUCUGGAUCCACCGCCUGCUGAGUUCCUUGCGCUGAACCCUGAAAUCGCUGCUAGUUUCUGGGACGAAACUGGCAAGUGGAAGGGCAUUGUACUCAUACGUGAAAAUGUGACGAUUGAAUCCUUGGAGGGUCAGAUGGGGCUACCUCUUGGCUUUGUCAAGUUCCAACGAAGAACUUUGACUUGGAUGCCAGAUGAGAGGGCAACAGCUAAAGAGCUCUUAGAGGAUCCUUGGCUGAAAGGUUGA